AUGGCCCGAGGACAAUUAAAAUUUACUGUGGUAGCAGUUGAGUACUUCACAAAGUGGGUAGAAGACGAACCCCUAGCAAAAAUAUCAGAGGCCAAGCUCAGAUCAUUUAUAUGGAAGUCGAUUAUAUGUAGGUUUGGAAUACCCAAAGUACUUAUAAUAGACAAUGGAAGGCAGUUCGACAAUUCACAAUUCAGAAACUUCUGUGUCAAUCACGGUAUCGACCAUUGUCUGACGUCAGUAUCGUACCCUCAAAGCAAUGGCCUCGCUGAGGUGACAAUUAGGAUCAUACUUCAGGACCUUCGUACCAGGAUCGAAAACGCAAGAGGUGACUGGCCCGAUGAGUUGCCCUCUAUACUGUGGGCUUAUAGAACUUCUCAUAAAACAGCAACAGGCGAGACUCCUUUCAUGUUAGCUUUCGGCUUAGAGGUCACCAUCCCCAUCGAAGUCAGUCUUCCCACUCUAAGGAGGGUUGAACCUGGCAUGGAAGACCGAACAACCGAACAUCUUGACUUACUUGAAGAAGUAAGAGAGCAAGCUUCACUGAGAGCUGCUAGUUACCAAAAUAGAAUGGCAAAGUACUUUAACACCAAAGUCAGGUCCCGAGAAUUUAAGAGUGGCGAUUUGGUUCUAAGAAGAGCAGAGGCAGCUGGACACCCUCCAAGUAAACUUGGACCAGUAUGGGAAGGGCCAUUCGAAGUCAUACGAAGGAUCAAAGGGAGACAUACAGCCUUAGAGAUACUUCAGGAAAUCCACUCCCGAGACCUUGGAAUGUGGAUAACCUAA